AUGAGAUUUAUUGACACGUACAAGUUAUUGUUAGCCUGCGUGUGUGUUUUUUACUCACAGAAGGUCGCAGGUUCAAACGCCAAUUACGACUAUCAGAGUCUAAAAUUAUUGACGUCGGAUGAUGGAACACUGACCAACCACGAUUUAAAAGGCUCACAUAAACAUUCAUCGAGAAAAUAUGCUAACAGUUUUAAUGAUCAACACCAGCCGGAAGAUUAUUUGGAUCUUCCAUACGUAACUAUUGUUACUGAUCCUAACCAAAACAACUCAAAUAACAUUAGAAAUGAAACAGCAUUGUACACAAUAGACGAGCGCCCAUUGUCGUUUUAUAUAACAUUUAAGCCGGGAGUAAAAUGCCUUGAAUUAAGCUACGCAAACAAGCCAGUAUGGACGUACUACGACAAUCAAGAAACCAAGUUAUACCCAACGGAACUAUAUUUCCAAAGAUACGAGAAGAGAAUCACAGUAAACUUCAGAACUAUGUAUUUGGAAUACGAGUACUAUAACGGAAAAUGGAACCUUGAGUCGAACGUAGUCAUGAAUCACGUAGUUAAAACAGGUUUAACAAUCGUGACAGCCGAUGAUGAACAAGGAACCAACGCUAAGACAAAUGAUACAACAAAGUAUAGAGUAAGCACGCACGACUAUGUGGUGGAAUAUGUGUUCAACGAAGGAGCGUACUGCACAGAGGUCAGGUUGCAAAACCAGAAAGUAUGGAAGUAUGAGCCCGGCGAGGCACAGAAGGGGUUCCCGAAGGCGCUGUACUUCCACUCAGAUUUAGGCCUAAUUUUUGCAGAUUUUCAAGGCUUGUCGUCCCUAUUUAAGUGCAGCCAGCAAGGUUGCAAGUGUAUUUCAAACCACAAAACUAACGGCAUCUCGUUGUCAAACCUCAAAAUAGUGACACAAGACCCAAAUAACGUCAAUAAUCAAAAGGAAAACGACACGACGCAGUUCGUGAGAAAGGACGAAGGGUACGGCCACUUAUUCCAAAUGAAUAAGUCAGCAAGAUGCACGGAAGUAAGGUACAAAAAUAAGACGUUGUGGAACCAUGGAUACAAGUCAGGAGACGAGUAUCCAGAAGCAUUGUUUUUUAACUCGUACUUCAGAAUGAUAGUUUUAAAAUUCAGCGGCUUCCAGUUGAUAUUCAUGGGCUUGGACAAGUGGAGGUACAUAACGAAGCCAGACCUGGACCCGCUGUCAGAAAGUGACAUAUCACUGUACACGAGAGACGAGAAUUCACAUUUGAUAGAAAACGACAAAACCCAGUACGAGGUGGUAAAAUACCCAUACAACAUGGCGCUGCUUUACAAUUUUGAGCCGGGAUCGAGGUGCGAACAGCUAAGUUUUAAGGGCAGAACAGUGUGGAAGCGCAACCAGGCUCGUCUGGGAAAUAACUACCCAACGACCAUAUACGUAAACAGAAAUAUGCAGCUGAUCAUGAUCUCAGGAGAGAAGUUCUUCUACGUGUACGGCAACCUCGACAAGUGGAGAGAAGUCUUCAGAACAGUGGACAAGGGCGUCCAAAGAGGAGGGUUCGACAAGGCGAACUUGGGAGACGCUGGAUCUCUUGAAAAUUACCACUAUGAAUUGGAUAAUAAGUCAGACGUAUCAGACUUGAGCUCCGAGAACUCAUUCUCACAUUCACAGCAUUCUGACGAUUCAUCGGAUACCGAUAGCGACUCUGGCUCAGAUGACAGUGAAGAUGACGAUGACGACGACGAAGAUGCACGCAGUGACAUAUCUGAGGAAGAAUCCGUAUUUUCGUCGAGAGGAGCUAAGCCAUCUAGGAGAAGGCAUCCGCAUCACCACCAAAUGUCAGAAUCAUACAUGCAAGAACGUCCAACCAACCGUCCCUCGAGACAAUCUUUGAGAAGGGAACCUCCAACGCCCAAGCAGUUGUAUAGACUGCCCAACGAGAAGGACGAUGACGAUGAUGAAGACGACGACGACGAUGACGACGAAGACGGCAAGCCCCAAAAGGCCAAGACUCCAGAUAAAAACAAUAAGACAAAAUCAGGAGGACAAACUGCUCUCAUGGUAUCAAUCAUGCUGUUACUACUCGCUGGAGUAGUUGGAGGCGUGGCUACCACAUUCAUCAUGGUCAAAAGAAGGAGGAGCAGGAUGCUGCUCGAGAAUCAAGUGAGCAUGUUAUUGUUAGCCUGCGUGUGUGUUUUUUACUCACAGAAGGUCGCAGGUUCAAACGCCAAUUACGACUAUCAGAGUCUAAAAUUAUUGACGUCGGAUGAUGGAACACUGACCAACUCCUCUGAAAACGACCAAACAAAAUACAUUGCAACCUCCCACUCGGCUGGAACCCAGUUUACAUUUAACUCCGGCGCUAAGUGUGUAGGAGUUAAGUACAACGGCCACAUUUUCUGGGUCCACAGAACGCCCGAACACGGCAACGACUACCCAACUUCAGUUUUCCUCGACAGCCAGGAUCACGAUGUAACUGUGUUUUUCGGAAACACCUGGUACUAUAUCUAUAGGCUUCAAUCUGAAAGGUACACUUUGGACUCCUCAAAGAAGCCUCUUUCCGAGAAUGAACGCCCCCAGGAGAUUCAGCUGUUCGUCGCAAACGGCUCCAAUGACCAGUCUCAGGCCCAAAUGCCUGGCUCUAAGUACCACGUGGUAUCCUACUACAAGGUUGGUGAGCCCAAACAGGUGUACUACUACUUCGAAGAGAACUGCGACAUGGUCAAGUGCAACGGCGCUCCCGUUUGGCAGCAUACUUCGAACUCUGGAUAUCCCAUCUCAAUGACUUACUUGAGCGACGAAAUGAUAAUGGAAUUCACCGACGGCUACGAGGUGUACAAAAGAAUUAACGACACCUGGGAACUCUCCAGAACCGAUCGCACAGCUCAGGCUCAGCCCGAGGAUCAAGACCAGGACGGCGACAGCCAGGGCGAGUCUGGCGAGACUGCCGACUCUGCUUCUUCGUUGAGGGGCAGCUCAGCUGACGCCAACCAGGGCAAGGCCAAGUCCGAGAAGCCAAAGAGUGGAGGCUCCAAGUUCCCCGACGCCCUGGCCGAUGCGCUCGUCCUUGUUCUUAUGCUCUCAGUCAUUGCAACUGUAAUGGUCGUGUUGGUCUUGUUGAUGUCCGUCGCACUGUCCUUCUUCAUCAACAAGAGGGCCAAGGCCCAAACUUUAAUGUCCGGCAGGGUCGACUACGUUUAA